AGUUGCGUGCUCGCUUGCGAUCAGUGCGCGCGCGGAAUCGGCGCGAGACGCGCGUGUUAACAAUCGUAUUCACACAUUUAUCUGCUUCUUUGUGACGUACGAAUGACCAACUGAGUUUCUUAGUUUAAAUAAAACCCAUUGUGUUUUGUUCAAAAUGAAAGUGGACAAAGAAUCGUGCCUUCCGGGGCCAGUGGACACUAAGCCCAUUAUCUCCGACAGGAAAGGGAGUUUAAAGGUGACCAUCACCCCGGCGCAGCACAAGACCCUCACUCAUCUACCGAAGAGGCCGCCGGUGGACUUGGCGUUCACGGACCUUACCUACAAGGUGCAGGAGGGAAGAAAAAGCAAUGUGAAGACGAUUCUCAAGUCGGUCUCUGGCCGGCUUCGAUCCGGUGAGCUGACGGCUAUCAUGGGACCGUCUGGUGCCGGCAAGUCCACGCUCUUGAACAUUCUCACAGGAUACAAGACCUCAGGCAUGGAAGGUAGUAUCACAGUGAACGGCAUGGAGCGCAACCUGUCGAGUUUCCGUAAGCUGUCGUGCUACAUCAUGCAGGACAACCAGCUGCACGGCAAUCUCACCGUAGAGGAAGCCAUGGCGGUGGCCACCGCCUUGAAGCUACCGAGUGCGACCACCACCGCGGAUAAAGAGGAAGUGAUCCAAGAAAUCCUCGAAACCCUGGGCCUCUCGGAGCACCACAAGACAAUGACAUCAAAUCUCUCAGGAGGGCAGAAGAAGCGUCUCUCAAUAGCCUUGGAACUCGUAAACAACCCUCCCAUCAUGUUCUUCGAUGAGCCCACUUCGGGCUUGGACAGUUCCUCUUGCUUCCAAUGUAUAUCGCUGCUGAAGACCCUGGCCAGAGGCGGCAGAACCAUUAUCUGUACCAUCCACCAGCCUUCUGCCAGAUUGUUCGAGAUGUUCGACCAUUUGUAUACUUUGGCUGAUGGACAGUGUGUCUACCAAGGCAGCACAGGAAGACUUGUUGAAUGGCUGGGCAGCCUCAACCUGCAGUGUCCGUCGUACCACAACCCGGCUUCGUUCAUCAUUGAAGUUUCGUGCGGAGAGUACGGCGACAACACUGGCAAGCUGGUGCGCGCUAUUAAUAAUGGACAAAACGAUAUUAGAAACGGCGUACCCUUCCCCGAUAGCAAAGUGCCCGACUACAACAACAAGCAAGCUAUGGAAGAGUCGCUCAGCAAGGAAUGGAACAAGAACGACCUCGCCCAAGUACAGGAGAAGUUUAAGGAUAACGGAACGAAUAACGGAAAUGGAAACCUCCAGAAUGGAAUCUUGCAGUAUGCUGCUAGUGAAAUUGCCAAAGGUGAUCCUCUAGUCGUCCAAAUGGACUCGGAGAAGCAGGACAACGUGGAAGUAGCUCUACUGGGUGGAGAAGGCUCCCCCAAGAGAUACGCAACAUCGGAACUCACACAAUUCUGGGUCGUGCUCAAGAGAACGCUGUUGUUCAGCAGAAGAGAUUGGACCCUCAUGUACCUGCGUCUGUUCGCGCACAUCCUGGUGGGUUUCCUGAUCGGCGCGCUGUACUACGACAUCGGUGACGACGGCUCCAAAGUGCUCUCCAACCUCGGUUUCCUCUUCUUCAACAUGCUGUUCCUUAUGUACACGUCUAUGACCAUCACUAUUCUCAGUUUUCCCCUUGAGAUGCCUGUGCUGGUGAAAGAACACUUUAAUCGGUGGUACUCGUUGCGGUCUUACUAUUUGGCAAUCACCGUCUCUGACAUACCGUUCCAGGCGAUAUUCUGCAUAAUAUACGUGGUGAUAGUGUACCUGCUGACGUCACAGCCGCCGGUGUGGUUCCGGUUCGCGAUGUUCCUGUCGUCGUGUUUGCUCAUCUCCUUCGUGGCGCAGAGCGUGGGGCUGGUGGUCGGAGCUGCUAUGAAUGUCCAGAACGGCGUGUUCCUGGCGCCCGUGAUGUCGGUCCCGUUCCUGCUGUUCAGCGGUUUCUUCGUGUCGUUCAACGCGAUCCCGGUGUACCUGCGCUGGAUCACGUACCUGUCCUACAUCCGCUACGGGUUCGAGGGCACCGCGCUCGCCACAUACUCCUUCGACAGGCCCAAGCUUAAGUGUCACCAGACGUACUGCCACUUCAAGAACCCCGAGACAACCCUGGAGGAGCUGGACAUGCUGAACGCGGACUUCACGCUGGACAUCGCGGCGCUGUGCCUCAUCUUCCUCGUGCUAAGGAUCUCCGCCUUCCUGUUCCUGCGCUGGAAGCUCAAGUCCACCAGAUAAGCAACAACAACCUUAUCAUACAUGUAUUUAGGGUAGAAUACCAAACGACAAUCUAAUUUAAGGUAGGGUUGUCACUUUGUCCUACAACGAACCAUGUUUGAAAAAACUUGGUCGACUUCUUAUGGUGCAAGAUUGAGUAACACGUAAUUGAUACAAAAUCAAACUUAUACCAAAGGUGUCUUACUAAUGACUAUUAUAAAACUUCAAUGCUCAAUCAAUAUUUGCGUUAUUACCUCGAGAACACAGAAGUUGAUACGCUAAGACAAAGUAACAAUCUGUAGUUAAUUAUGUUUACGCAGUUAUUGUGAUAAAAACAUGUUAGAUUUCGAAUAUGUUAUGAAAUAUGGUAUCGUUUCCACAAGUUUAUAAAGAGGUACGGCAUGAAGUUAGCGUCCUAUUAUAUUUAGACAGAUACGGUUUAUAAUGCAACAAGUAGAAAGGUAAAAUAACGCCUACAUUAAUGUUUAUGAUGAAAGUUGUGCUCGAUAAUCAGCAAGUGUCACCCCUAUUACAUGAGCCCAUAAUUAAUAUCGACUGUUAAAGUAGGUUUAAUAAAAUAUUAUUAAAAUUAUGUUAGUAUUUUAUAUUCAUGACAAUUAAAUAUGACGAAGUGCCUCACAACUCCAAGGCCCCAUUAUAAUCAAUUUCCUAUUAAUAGGCCUUUGAUGUUUAUCGAACACGAAAUGUGAUAGUUGUGUGUGAUAAAUGAAGGAAAUUGUUCAGCAAAAUAAAUAUAAAAUACAGAUAAUUAAAAGGGUAACGAUGUAUGUAAUAUAAUAUAAUAUAAAUAAAUUAAGGAUUACUCUGUGGCCUUUAUAUAUUAUGAUUACAAUAUAUUAUCCAUCCAAUUUCAAUUUUAUGCAGUUUAUUUACCUGUUAACGAGAUCUGAUACCAUCCAAAAUAAGCCAAGGGUAUGAAACAUACUGUAAUUCAAAUUGCUCAGAAAUUAUUCUUCUUGCCUUACCGGCUUGCCGUUAAAUUUAUAUCAAAGAUAGACUUAAUUUUCGAAGCUUGGUCAACGGUAAUUUAUGUAACGAUAAGAAUAUACUGUGACAAUAAAAAAUAACUGUUUGACUGAAAACUUUUUAUAUGAAUUUAUGGUUUUGAUGUAUGGAUCUAUUUUCUCUACUCUUUUUCUUUUUACGCAGCUUCUUUUCUCCAUCUCAUGGAGGUCAAAAAGACGAGAUAAAAUUAUAAACAACCUUUUGAGUGUGUAAACAUACAAACAAUUUCUAGUAACGAACGCUCGAAACGCACAACGACAGCCAUCAUACGUUGACGUUGUAUUGCCAACGUCAGGUACCUCAGUCAAAGUUUGUUUAUGAAUUUAAUCUCAUCUUGUCGACCUUACUUGAGUUAUGUAAAUUACCGAUACCAAGCCAUUAGUUAAGACUUACGCAUUCAGGGAUCAUGGUAAUAUUCAUUGUACUUAGAGAUGUAAUUAUUUAGAUAAAUAUUGUGGUCCAAUUAAUUAUUGAUACGGUUAGAUGUAAUGGUUAUAGAAAUGUAUGAUGUUUUGUACCUAUCUAUUUUUUUUAAAUAAAUGGUUUAUAAAGAU